CUGUUCUUUCUAGCUGCACUGGCUGCACUAGUUCAGAGUUUAUCUUUCUUCUUCCAAUGUACAAAGAGAAAGAUAAACCAGGAUAAACUGUGAACUAAUGCAGCCAGUUCCACUAAAAAGGACAGGCCUGUAAUUAACUCUGUCGUGCGACAUAAACAUUUAUGUAUCUACAGGUUACGGGAGGGUGCAUUUAUAUUUAUUAAUGUAAUUGAUGAUAUUAUAUUGUAUACAUAAUAAUGAGUGAGAAACGUGAACACGAAGGCAGCGAUACUGAAGACAGUUGGAUUGGGCCAUUACCUUCGGAAGCUGCUCCACAAAAGAAGAAACGAGUGCUGGAAUAUGAACAAGUCUACAUAGAUAACUUGCCAUGCUGUGAAUGUUACGAGAAAUCUUACAUGCACAGAGAUGUCAUUACUCAUAUCUUAGUAACAAAGUCAAAUUUCCUGAUAACCGCCAGUUGCGAUGGGCAUGUAAAAUUUUGGAAGAAGCAGGAGGAAUUGAUAGAAUUUGUAAAACACUUUCGAGCGCACUUAAUGGCGAUACAGUCAAUGUCCGCUAGCUGCAACGGUAUUCACGUUUGUUCAGUCAGCAUAGAUAAGACUAUGAAAAUAUUCGAUGUUAUUAAUUUUGAUAUGAUAAACAUGAUAAAAUUGGACUUUGUGCCGCUUUGCGCCGAAUGGGUUUACUCGGCUGGCGACGCCACAUCUGCUGUGGCGGUGUCCUCACAAGAAUCAAAUAAGAUAUACGUCUACGAUGGUCAGGGAUCGAGUACGCCUUUGCACGUCUUUGAGAAACUGCAUACUAAACCUGUUGUCAUUAUGAAAUAUAAUCCCGUGUAUCAGACAUGCAUCUCUGUGGAUAAAAUUGGAAUAUUGGAGUACUGGACGGGUCCGAAAAUGGAAUACAGAUUUCCCAAAUGCAUAUCGUUUGAAUCAAAGUUGGACACUGAUCUAUUUGAGUUUGCUAAAAAUAAGACUUAUCCGUGCGGUUUAGCAAUAUCACCUGAUGGGAAACGGUUCGCGUCUCUAAGUGGUGACAGAAAAGUUAGAGUUUUUAAUUUCCAAACGGGCAAAUUGUACAGAAUAUUUGACGAGACGCUGCAAAGAUUUAGCGAAUUACAGCAAACUGUACAGCAACUUCCGAACAUGGAAUUUGGACGCAGAAUGGCAGUCGAGAGAGAACUUGAUAAAACCGAAACAAAUUUAGGAAAUAUUAUUUUUGACGAGUCAGGUUAUAUUAUUUUAUAUCCUACCAUGCUGGGUGUCAAAAUGGUGAAUCUUUACACAAAUCGUUGUAUCAAAAUCAUGGGAAAGCCGGAGAACAUACGGCCGAUACGGCUAGCGUUAUUCCAGGGAAAAGCGAGGAAAACUACCGCCGCGUUAACCGUCGAGAUGGAGGCCUCCGAGAAUCCCACGAUGGAAAUGAAUCGACCGGAUCCGACGUUGUUUUGCACGGCCCACAAAAAGAAUCGAUUCUACAUGUUCACGAGGCGGGAGCCGGAGGACACGAAGAGCCAGGAGUGCGACCGCGACGUGUUCAACGAGAAACCCUCGAAGGAGGACAUCAUAUCUUCCACGGAGGCCACGAACAUGCAGAAGAUAUACGACACGGCGAUAAUCCACACGGCGCUCGGCGACAUCCACGUGAAGCUCUUCGGCAAGGACGUUCCCAAAACGGUCGAGAACUUCUGCGUGCACGCGAAGAAUGGCUACUUCAACGGCCACAUAUUCCACAGAGUUAUCAAGGGUUUCAUGAUACAAACGGGCGAUCCGACCGGCACUGGUACGGGCGGUGAGAGCAUAUGGGGAGGCGAGUUCGAGGACGAGUUCAAGCCGAGCCUGAAGCACGACAGACCGUACACUCUGAGCAUGGCGAAUGCGGGGGCGAAUACGAACGCCAGCCAGUUUUUCAUCACAUUGACACCGACACCCUGGUUGGACAACAAGCAUACUGUAUUCGGCCGAGUUCACAAAGGGAUGGAGGUCGUGCAGAAUAUCAGCCAGGUGAAAACAAAUCCUAAAACUGACAAGCCUUACGACGACAUACGAAUAGUCAGCGUGACUGUUAAAUAAUUCUGUAUAAUAAAAUUCGAGGUACAUUUGCGUAAAA